AUAUUCACGUUGCUUGUUGCAAUCGACAAGUACAAAAAUCAUGUGAUACCGCCUCUCACAGGCUGCAUGAACGAUGGUAACAACUUCAAAGAGUUCUUGGAAACGACCCUUCAUGUGGCGCAAACGCAUAUCAAGUACCUCGUCAAUCACGAAGCGACGCGCGAAUCCAUCUUGUCAGCUUUCAAAGAGCAUCUCAUAGAGAACAAUGCCAUAUGGGCAGGCGAUGCCAUCAUUUUCUUCUAUGCUGGACAUGGCAGUCGUGUGGUCGCGCCGCCUCAAUGGUCAUUCAAGCAGAACUUCGUGGAAAUCAUUGUUCCUCAUGACCAGGGCAAAACCGGAGGACACACGAUUUACGGAAUACCCGAUUACACCUUCAGUGCCCUGAUGUGUGAGUUGGCUUUGAAGAAGGGUGACAACAUUACAGCUAUCUUCGACUCUUGUCAUUCGGGAGGUAUGGCGCGCGCAGGU